AGAAAACACGUAGGCAUGAUGAAACAGAAGAGUAAAGUUGUGGCAACAUACAGUAAGCGGAAGCAUAAGCAAUUCAGGAGGAUUGUGAAGGACAACUGGCAGGAACCUGAUAAUGUUUUUAGUACAAGUGCAACCAGUGGUGAAAAUAUUUCAAUCCCUCUUCAGCUCCACUCCACGCCGAUAACCAAAAGGGUGAGACAGAUCACAAAAACAAAGGAUAUUUCUUCUUUUGAACUUCACCUGAUUCUCAGCUUGAUGACAGGUAUCCCUUAAAGGAUAUAUCACACCCACGACAAGUUUCUGGGAAGCGAGCAUGUCGACGGCCACCUAUCUUAAAUCUUACUCCAGAACCAGAGCCUCAACAAGUAUGUGACCUAUUUUGCUGGGAAUAAUGUUCUAAACAGAUAAGAAGCUUGCUUGAACUGCACGUCAUGAAGCUAUCGAUAAAACUCCUGGACUGUUUGAUUCACCCACCAAAACGUCCGAUAAAGAGAACAAAUCUCCUGAACCGUUUUUGCAGAUUUCAGAUGAUGACAAAAUGGCAGACUUUUCACCAAGUCCAAAAGAAAUUCUCUCAGAACAGCAUCAGGAAAUAUCUCAAGCUCCUUUUUCUUUCGCUCUUUCUGAAUUUUCUUCGCAGCUCAUAAACACUGUCGGUGACACGAAAUGCAACUUUGAUAUCGAAUCCAUUCCAGUUAGAGCAGAGGACAACAAUAUGUCUCACGAAAAUGCCUACUCACCAAGUGCGAUGGAGGUCUCAAUGAACUUCGCACUUGAAAAAUCAGAAGAACAAAUGUUAUCUUUAGACCUGAGUAAAAUGUCUGUCAAAGAAAACGACGAACAUUCCAUUCGUGAAUCGAAUAAAAAUGAAGAAUCACCGACCAGAGUGUCUUAUUUAAAUGAAAAUGAAGUCUCUCCAAUCAAGGUGUCUGAAUCAAAUGAAAAUUUCGAAUCUCCAAUGAAAGAGUUUGAAUCAAAUAAAAAGGACCAGUCUUCGGUUAAAACAUCUGCACAAAUCGAACUAGUAAACGAACAAUCACUAGAGAUGUCUAUACAAGAAGUUGUAAAAGAAGAAAAGAUAGCAGCGUUGGAUCGUAGUUUGAUGUUAGCAACUACAAUACCCUCUUACACCAAGCUGCUCUCCCAGUGCAGGCGGGUUAAAGAUCUACAAACUCUAGUGCAGUCUGAUAUGAAUUGUAUCAGAAAGAUUGGUGAGGGUUCUUUUGGGGAAGUGUUCAUGGGACAGGAUACAGUGUACAAAGUAGUACCUGUGGGAGGCGAUGAGGAGAUUAACGAUGUGGAACAGACGACUUUCGAGAACGCUUUUCAGGAGAUAGCUGUUAGCAGGAAACUCUCAGACCUCGCUGGAGAUCAGGUACAAAUGGGGAAAGCGUUUUGCCAACUAAAAGACGUUGUUUUUUGUAAAGGCAAGUACCCCGAGGUUCUGCUAACUGCCUGGGACAACUUUCAGGGAUCCGAAAAUCAAAGACCAGAUAUCCUGCCAGAAGAUCAGAUGUAUGUGGUGUUACUGUGUAAGUACAGUGGAGUGCAGCUCGAGGAGUACUGUGCCGCGCACAAGCUCACCCCGCACCAAGCUCAUUCUAUAGUCAGGCAGAUUUGCUGCAGUCUUGCUGCUGCUGAACAGCUGUACGAGUUUGAACACCGAGACCUACACUGGGGCAACGUUCUAAUAGCUGAAACUGGCAUGGAACACGUGGAGUUCACACAGGACGGUAAAACGUACAUUCUGAAAUCUCACGGGUUGCUGGCCACAAUCAUUGACUUCACUUUCUCCAGGCUCGAAACUGAGGGAUGUCUAAAUUACGUGGAUCUGGAGCACGAGGAUUGGUUGUUCCAAGGCGAUGUUAAAGCUGACAUACAAUAUCGGGUCUACCGAGAUAUGAGAUCUGCCUGUAGAAAAAACUGGGCUAAAUUCACUCCAAAGACCAAUCUCCUGUGGCUGCUGUAUUUGAUCGACAAAAUGAACAUAAAGAUCCGUUCAUCAAAGUUGCGGCAUUUAAGGCAAGCGUUACAAAGUUGUAAAAGCUCCUCUGCUGCGCUUCCAAUUGCGUUUAGAUCUCUGUAAGCCUAGGUUUAGCCAUAAGUAUGAAACUUUAUUCAAUCAUGUCUGAAUAAGAUGAUUCUCCUUUUGCCGUCCCAUCUCAACCCAGAGAUCAGAUAAGCUUGGACGCCUAUUAUCUCAAUGCGAUGUUAGGCAAAGUAAAAGGACAUCAGUUGAGAAGAAGCUGCAUCCGUUCGAGAGGGCUCAUACUUGUUUAAAAAGCUUGCAUGCAAUGACCCAACCCACUGAUUUUCUAUCAACGCCAAACAUUUGUUUGCUAAGUUGGAGAGUAACAUACCUGGACUCAUGCCAACUUCCUCAAAUACCAAAUUGAGAACGAGGACAAGCUAAAUAGCAGUGCUGUCAACAAUGAAAAUGUGGACUUGACUAGGGUGCUACAGUCUGUUUUGACUGUUUCGGCUUUUGUUAGUAGUAUUUAAGUGGAACGGUCUUCUGUGUCUUCAUUGGGACGAUGAUAAUCUUCUUGUGAUUUUUUCUAAUUGUAUAUAUAAUUGUAAUUACCGAUUUUUUCUAAUUAUUUUAAUAUUGAUCAAUGGUAAAUUGAAGAUAUUUGGAACAUUUUA